AUGGACGGCUACGGGGACAACCCGUUCGGGGCCAACUAUGCUGGCGGUGGCGGCUUUAUGGGCGCCGACGGUAGUCAGGACGGACAGGGACGCGUACGUACGGCAUGCUCACCGCAGCGCAUGGGCACGCAGUCGCUGCGCCCUGUGACCGUGCGCCAGGUGCUGCAUGCGUCGCAGCCGCACUCGGAUGCACCAUUCACAUUCGAUGGCGCGGAGCUCAGUCAGGUGUCUAUCGUUGCGUGGGUGCGCAGUGCGACGAAGAACGCCACGAAUAUCCAGUAUACGAUCGACGAUGGCACGGGGCAGAUCGAUGUGCGCAAGUGGAUUGACAACUCGAUGGACGAGGGGGCUGUGGUGGACGAUAUGGAGCCGAACCAAUACGUGCGGAUUGUGGGCGAGAUCAAGUCGUUCAACAACAAGCGCAGCAUCACGGCCGCCUCGAUGCAUUUGCUGCAGGACCACAACGAGUACCUGUUCCACCAGCUGGAGGUCAUCCACACACACCUUGUGCUCGCCAAGGCGUCUGGCUCUGUACGUGUGCCACGCUGA